UUUUUUUUUCUUUUCUUUUCUUUUCUUUUUUUUUUUUUUUUUUUUUUAUACAUAUGUUGUAAUUAUUUGUGCAUAACGCGUCCCCUCCCCCGCGCCACCUCCCCCCCUUUUCUGGUUUAUCAAAAUAAAGCUAAUUCCGGUGACAAAUAUGUAUUGUGACAAAAGCUUAGCAAUAAAAGAUUGGACUAAAGAUCAAAUCAAUAUGCCAAUUCUCUAGAGAUCAUAAAGUCCAUAAUCUCCUCUCUCCCCUUUUAAGGGUUCGAGAGAGAUAGGGUCUUAUUUAUGCUUGAAUGUCAGAUGUUACAAUACAUCUUGAUUCUAAACGAUAUCUCCUAGGGCGUCCUUAUUGCUGGGCAUCUGCUGGCUCAUCGUGGUGGUGUGCUCUCGAUGAAAUCGCGGGAACUCGACGUGCCCAAAAGGGUAAGGAUAGGUAUCUAGGCUCAGACGACGAUUUGGGGGCCAAAAACGGGAUUUGGGUCACAUGUAAUCACGUUGAAGCAGCACACCACACGUAACUUCACGAAAAUUAUCUAACUACGCCAAACAAACAUGUCUACUUUCACAGCAAUCCCUUGCGAGAUCAUGAUCUCCGUGUUGCGUGAGCUGGGCAAUGUGCGCUUCCUGCUGCCCUCGCUUCUCACCUGUCGCCAUGUGUGCUCGUGCUUCAAAGAAAAUCCAGGCGUGGCAGCUGAGAUCUUGCAGCGCAUGGACACUCCUAUCUAAGGAUCAAGGAUCGGAAGUAGCUGGGAGCUUCGUCUUGUCGUCGUCAGAAUAUCUCCGCUUUUGCCGAGCCUUCUAUCGGGUGGAAUUAUAUUUUUGCCUCUUUCGCUGCAGAAAUUCGUUGGGAUCUGUACCCUUUCAUGAACACCGCUUUUUUUCUAAUCUGCCACCUUGGGAAAAGGAGCAGCUCGCCUCUGUCCAGGACUUUCUCGAGCUCAAGCUCUCACAAUCCUCCCAUGAUGUGCUAGCUCAUGAUGUUGAGUUUGGAGAGUUAGAGAUCGAUUAUAUUACGACUGGUGACAAUAACCAUUUCAGGCAACUCUGGCUAUCACAGGGUGUCGACUUCAUCCACAGAUUGAUGAGUGAGAGCUCAUACAACAGCAAAAAGGCGCUAUUGAAGUCUGCGUUCGUUGCUGGUAAAGUCGACCUUUACGAAGCGCUUAUAUCACCGCCCGAAACGGACUUAAACGAUGAUGUCCCACUUUCUGAUUACGCUGAUGAGGACCUGGCGGCUCUGUUCCCUCCUACUGAAAGCCAAGACAAGGACUCAGAUAAGGGCCCAUUUGAAGCAUGGCGUGUGGCCUUCAACCCCUUGCCACGCAGUGCGUGGGUCAUGCUCACAAACAAUUAUGGGUUGAGGGAGCGAGCUUAUGUCUUCUGGGACUUGGAUCGCAUCGAAACUUACGACAUGAUGAAACUAUUUGAAAAUACCCCGGAAGAUUCUGAGCUUCAACGUGCCUACGAUGAUAUGGACGAGAUGCGCGAGUCAUUUGAAGAGCGCUCAAAGAUUUGGCAAAAGGGCGGUUCGGGUUAUUGGAGCAAAAACGAUGCAAGCAGAAUUGUAUGGCCAACAUGGCAAGAUGGGAAUUAACCUUGAAACUAUGUAAGUCCCGAGGUUUUAAGCCAUUGAUAGAAAGUCAAGUAAAAUAGCGAU